GUGGUGUAUAGUGGCUAAAUCCAUAUGACCAACGCGUUAGUUUCAUGUAUAGAUAUAAAGAGUGGUUGCUAAGUAGUUAAUACCGAAGAAGUAGAUAAAUAAAUGUGAGAAAGAGAGAGAGAAAAUAGAGAGGACAUUGGCCCAGCAAAGACACACGGGAACAACGCAGCUCGUUUGGCAGUUGAAAGAAUCGCGUUGGUGCAGCAUGGCGUGCGAGAUGGAGCUAGAAACCGGCUCCUCAGCUGUAGAAAAGCAAAUAUCGGAAACCAAGACUCGAGAGACGGAAUGCGAGAGUCAGCAGCCCAGUUCUGAUAAAGCGGCGAUCUUACCACAGGUGGCGGGGACGGCGGCGGGGGCCCUGGCUCAGCUGGGCAUCGGGAUCAUCGGGGGAUUCUCCGGCGUGAUGCUGCCCCAACUCACCGACGUCGGGGCAAGGGAUAUUGUCCUGGACGAGCACCAGGUGGCUCUUUUCAGCAGCCUUGUGUACCUCGGUGCGGCCGUCGGGUGCCUGGUGUGGACGCUGCCGAUGGCGUGGAUGGGCCAGCGGUGGUCCAUGCUGGUCCACCUGCCCGUGUUCCUGGCGGCUUCGCUAGCCCUCGCCUUCGCCCCCUCCGUGUGGCUCCUGCAGACGUCGCGCUUCCUCCUGGGCGUGAGUGGCGGCGUGAUCGAGGCUGCCUCCUACAGCUACGUGACGGAGUUGGCGCACAACAGGGUGAGGGGGAAGCUGGUGGGCACGGCGGACACGAUGAGGCAGCUGGGCGUGCUGAUAGUGUAUAUCCUGGGCAGCACAGGCCUCAGCUGGAGGAAGACGGCGCUCAUCUGCGGCUGCGUGACGACGAUCCCGGUGGGCGUCGGCCUCCUGCUGCUGCCGAACUCGCCCCGCUGGCUGGCCACCCGAGGGCGCAUGGACGAGUGCAAGGAGAGUCUGGCGUUCUUCCGAGGCGCUCAGUACGACUGCAGUUCCGAGAUGGAGGCCAUCAUCAGCCAGACGAAGGACGACGACGACGACGGCGGCAGGAUGCUGCAGCAGAUUCGGCGCAUGAAGGAGCCGCAGACGCUGAAGAUCUUCGGCCUCCUCGCGUUCCUGAUGUUCUCCGUUCAGUUCACGGGGAACAUCGUGGUCGUCUCUUACGUCGUCCCGAUCUUCAACGCGGCCAAAGUCAACAUCAGCUCCUACAUGAGCGCCAUAGUGAUCGCCACCGUGAGAAUCAUGGCCACAGUCUUCUCUCUCUCAGUCGUCGACCGGCUGGGGCGGCGGCCGGCGCUGAUCACGGCCUUCCUGCUGUGCUCCGGCUCCCUCUUCCUCCUCGGAACCUUCUUCUUCUUGCAGAAGAAAGGCGUGAGCAUGGGAAAGGUCAGCUGGUUCCCCGUCCUGAUGAUGGUGGUGUAUGCCUUCGUGUCGUGCGUGGGACACCCCGUCCUCAACCUCGUGCGCGGGGAGCUCCUGCCGACGGCGGUCCGGAACGCUGCCAAUUCCCUACUCUUCUUCAUCUUCUUCUGCGGGAUGUUCGUAGUUUCUCACUCCUACCCUGCGACGGUAUCAACCCUGGGGGAGGAGGGAGCCUUCUGGGUAUACGGCGGCGUGUGUCUGGUCAUCGUGGCUGCCGUGGUGUUCUUCAUCCCGGAGACUCGAGGCAAAGUCCUGGAGAACAUUGCCGAACAAGAACAAGAUGUAGGCGACUACAAAACCCGACUUUGAAGGACCAGGUAAUAAGGAGAUGAAGAGCAGACCAUCUAUUCUAUGAUAAGAGUGUCUGAGAGAAAGAACAGACCAUCUAUACUAUAUGAUAAGAGUGUGUGAGAGAAAGAUGCAUAACCUUUUAAUAAUAUCAAAUAAUAACUAUUUAUAAUCAUUCCAUGCUUCAUACGACGGUGAACAUAUUCACGCUGCUCUAUCAUAUGCAUUAUUAUAAGAUAUGAAGUGUUUUGUGUUUUUCAGAUGCAAUAUUUUAUCCCAAUUAUAUAAGUUUGUGCAAUGCUCUUGUACAUGUGUUAUGCUUGUGACAAAUUCUGUGGGAACCAAAUCAGUAUAAGGCAAUAAAUACGAUUUCACCUUUUUGAGACUUUGUAAAAUAUCAUAAGGACGGUUUUAUACACAAAGCAGGAUUGCAAACAAUGAUAUACAUGUUUUCCUAGACAUAAUACUUAAUACACUUAUUAAACGAACCUAUCUAACACAUGCAUAUCUUUUGAAGGUGAUGUAGACUAAUAAGCGAAAUAUUUAACAAAUUUAUAUCAGUUUCCUUCAUAGAAUCAUUUUAUGAAUGUAUGAACCAAAAUGGCCAAUGGAAAAAUACAGAUUUUCAGAAAU